CCAAACAUCCGAACCUCCCCUCUUUCGGCUUGGCAAUUCCACCGACAUCUAUCUGUUCCAUCGACCACUCGCAAACGACCAACCGCCUUCAAUCUGUCGGAACAGUUUGCAGCAACGCAUUCCUGAGUAUCGAGGGAGACAGUACUCUUUGCGCGUGCCAUCUCUGAGAAUUGAUCAUCGUCGACCCCGGGAUCGAGCAUCAUUGCAAUAUUUAGUCGCCAUCCCAAGCGCCCUCAACCCAGCGCUGCGCAACAUGGCCGAGAGCGGCGAGACGGGCAGCGAUGCCCAGGUUACUUUCAAAGUCAAAACCGUAGGGGACAAGACGCAUGCUAUCACAAUGUCCGAGUCGGCCACCGUUCUGGACCUCAAGACAAUGCUGGCCGGGCCCGACUACGAGGACCUCCCUGUUGAGAGGCAACGCCUCAUCUACUCCGGCCGGAUCAUGAAAGACUCCGAUGCCCUGAGCGUUUACAAGAUCAAGAGCAACAACACGGUCCAUCUGGUGAGGAGCGCUCGUAGCAACCCUACCCCGCCCGCUGCUGCUUCAUCAUCAGCCCCGACGCCCGCGGCCGUACCUCAGAAUAUGGCAGCCGGUACCAGUGCGAGCGACCCGCUUGCUGGGCUCACAGGCGCCAGGUAUGCCGGUCUUGCCAACUUGCCGAGCGCCGAUAUCUUUGGCGCAGACGGAGGGAUGGGUGCGCCUCCUAGUGAGGAGCAGAUGGCCGAGUUACUUUCAAACCCGAUGGUCGCGCAGACGAUGAACGAGGCGCUCAACAAUCCCGAAUUUAUCGACUACAUGAUCCGAUCGAACCCGGUGCUAGCGGGUAUGCCCAAUGCACGCGAGAUGCUUCAGUCGCCGUAUUUUCGCAAUAUGAUGACGAAUCCUGAAGCCAUCCGGAUGGCGGCAAGGAUGCGGAGGCUUAUCCAUGGCGACGGUGCCUCGGCUUUUCCGGCUCCUGGAGCAACAGACAACACGCCUGCCGAUGCGCCACGGUCCGAGGGUUCAGCCGCGACCGGGAACAGCCAGGCCCAGGGCGCAUCCCCAGCCAAUCCGCUAGCUGCUCUUCUUGGCCUCGGGCCGCUGGGGAUGGGCGGGCCCCUCGGCGGUGGAGGCGCAGCGCCUGGAGCGGCGGCACCUUCAGGGCAGACUGCAGCUGCGUCCGGAGGCGCCGGCCCCACAGGGGCAAGCGCGAACACCCAAGCCGGGGGGGCCAAUCCACCCGUCAAUCCCUUCAGCGCUCUGUUCGGCGGCCUAGGGCAAACUGGCCAGGCCGCUAACGCCAGCAACCCCUUUGGGCUGCCACCCAUCUCUCCGGAAGCCUUACAGCAGUUUGCGCAGAUGUGGGGCCAGGCGCUGCCUUCAAACCCCUCAAACCCCCCUGCGCCAGCAGACGAUAGACCGCCAGAGGAGCGCUACGCUGAACAACUGCGGCAGCUCAAUGACAUGGGCUUCUUUGAUUUUGAGAGGAACAUUACUGCGCUGCGUCGCAGCGGUGGCAGUGUUCAGGGCGCGGUCGAGUAUCUACUUUCGGGGCAAUGAAGAGCCUCGAGACGGCAAGGUGGGGCUACAGAGUUGAGAGGAGAGAUGUGGAGAGAGAACCACUGAGGAGAAUUGAUGGCCUUUGACUUCUGUCUACGGCCUCCAGCGAUGAGCCACUCAGAGCAAAAACCUAUGGACUAUGGGCCCAGGCAAUCAUGCUACCGUGAAGUCGGUGUGAGAAAGGGGACUCCUCGGGCGAAGCGUGAUAGAUGAAGUAUGUAUACUCUAAUCAGCGGGCCGAGGGGUUUGAUGGGACUCCCCGGUCCCUCGGGUGCCCGGAAUUUCUCCACGUAUUGUAGUUGCCGUUUGCUUUGCCGGGCCCAGUUGACGAGACUCUGUUGUGUAUGAAGGAGUUGGUUCCUUUACCAUUGCCUGGUGAGCAUUUUUAAGGACCGAGAAGAGGAUACAGAAUCUUCGACAUGUAUAAUAACUUGUAAUGAACGAAGUGCCCCC